AAUGAAAGCACGUGGUGGACCCUACAAUUGGAGACGAACAUGCCCCUUUUGACACGGAAGCUCUUUUCGAAAAGGAGAACAUCACACAACCGAGUGAAGUUACCGGGCCAAUAUGCCACUAUUGUUUCGAGCCAUAUUCAGAUGAUAUCUGAUCACGGCCAAACCGCCACCCCGUCCGAUCCACUUCCACGGCAGAGAAGAGCCAUCGUGGCUCAUUGCAGCCGGCCGGUGUGGCUCAUUUUCAGCGUCGAGGUGCCUUAUCACGGAGCCGAGCCAGGCUGCUUUCGGGCGUUGUUCAUCGCCGCCGCAGUACGCGUUGAACAACACCGCCGAGCCGGGGUGCUUGACUGCGUUGUCGUCACACGCGGCUGAGUGAGGCAUUGUCGGCUGCGUUCUUCAGAUCCACUGCUGUCUGCAAGCCCGAUGCGCAGCCUGAUUCAGUAUCCUGGUCACGGCCCGACUUCAUGGAUCCCGGCGGAAGUGAAUUGGGCUCCAGCCUGCCUCAACUGGACAACCCGUGUCUCAUCGUGGAGGACUCCCAACCAGACAGCGUCGCUUUGGAAGACGACCCAGAUAGUAGCUACCGAGCGGUGCUGGUCCGGCGUCUAUCAAACCUGCAGCCCAGCGCGUGUAGCCCGGUCUUGGAGCUGUUAUCCUCACCAUUAGGAACUGGAGCCUCUCAGACUGAUAUCCCACCACAGAGCUGCCGUAAUAACAGCCAAGCUGGUCCUGAUCAAAUUUUUUUUUUUGGACAAUGCAUUCUUGCUCUCCCUAGCCACAGUUCAGAAUGCGAAGAAGAGAGUCGAGUUCUCAACAUUAAGCCUCUUCCCAGCAAACAAAAGAGUAGCAUACCCAUGGAUUCUGAUUCCACCACACCCUGUGACCAGUCUGAAGAGCGUAACAUGAACACCAUGACUUCACAGGAUUCUCUAUCCAAAGAAGUCAGAUCUGAGGUGAGCUCCAAAAGUCAUUUGGGUCAAAUGCCGAAUAUUCAGGUGCUACUCCACUCGCAGUGCCUCCAGGACUCUGGUGAACUGGAACGGCAGGACCAUGAAAUAAUAUCUCAGCAGGACAUGUUUGAUGUUGAGAAGACAGAUGCUGGAAUAGACACUACAGUGUCUGAGCCAGAGCAACAAGGUCACCCUUCAACACCUGCCCAAACCUUGCGGCUGUUACAUCUUUCUGGACAGGAAACAUUUGCACAACAGAGCUUAUCCCAAAGCUCUGUUGAUUAUGUUGCCACAACUCCAGGCAACUUUCCCUACACCCCUGACUUAACAACUGGAGCAGACAGCCAACGUGGUGCUGUUGAACCCAUGGAUAUCUGCCAGCCCCCAGAAGAGCAAGCUGGCCUAAAGGGACAAGUGCCAAUGGAAACUGAGGCAUCUUUGAAACUGCAACCACCCACCUCAACCCAUGUCUCCCAGAUCUCUCCUGGUUUUGUUAUAGAGCAGCCGCUCUCUUUACCCUCUCAGCCAGAAUUAUCUAAUGAUGUGUUUAUCCCAACACAGAGUCAGGAUGCUUCAAAUCAAUCAGAUAAGACUGAAUACAUGUCUCGAGGGUCUCCUCGCCAGGAAUUGGCUCCUGCUUUCACGUUGCCAUUACAGCUCUCUGUGAACAUGGACCUUAGUAACUUUGCCCAGAAGCUGUCUGAAGAGAUCAUAGAGGACACCCAAGCCACACAGAUAGAAAAACUGGAAGAGCAGCCUUUAGUAGACACUACUGACUCUGUGUUUCAAUGCCCUGAUCAGAGUAGGUGCAACAGCACCUCCACGAAAUCACAAAGUGCUACUAGUUCCAAAACUUGUAAUGAGCCAAUGCUUUUAUUUAAUGUACCUAACACAAAUGCAAAAGGAUUUGAGAUUGAUAUUAAGGACCAAAGCCCUCCAAAUGUUUUAGCUUGUUCUCAAUCAAAGGUUGAAUCUUCAGAUAUGAUUGUCAACCCCUGUAUGCCUGAUAGUCCCUCAAACAUUACAACCCACAGUGUAGACUCUCAGUCGAUCACCCAUAUAUCUCUUAUGCAGGUGGCAAAGAGUGGCAUGAAUGCAGUAGCAAGUGUAGGGAGUCCUUCACAAUCACCGUCACAGAACUCUGGAACCAUUAAUAGUCUGAUGAGCAAAGUUGAAAUUGAUAAACUUGCAGAUGAAAACGCUUCUGCCUCAGAGGAAAAGGAUGUGGCGAUGGAGGAUGACAACACAGUGGGAGACAAGGCUUCAAGUACAGCUCUAGUCCAGUCUCAAAGUAAGCUGACCUCUUCAGGUGACGAGGGUGGAGUUGUAGACGAAAGCAUUGUCAGAGUUGCAGAGAGCAACAGAGACUCACAGAAUUCUCCCAAAAUACCCUCACAACUUUUAAAAGGUAAUGAUCCCCAUUCAAGCACAGGCAAAGUGUCAUUUACUGUUGGCCAUGAGCCCUUGGAACAAGAACCAGAGGAGUACAGAGCCAAGAGCUUCAGUGGUAGCUCAGGAGAGAUGUCCUUCCAUUUCACACUUCCAAAAGAUGGGGAGCUCAUUGGUCCAGUUGUUGGAGCAACGCCACCUCUAAUUAACCAGCUGAAGGGGACACUUAGACACAGCACUCCCAUUGAAACAUUUAGUGAGAAGUCAGAUGUUGCGAUGAGUGUUAAUGCUGAUGUGGUGAUGGAAGCCAAAGGCAAUGCUCCAGAAGAAUGUGGAGACAACUUAUCAGAGAAGGGGGACAAUAGGCUGAGUCUGAGAAUGAGGUUUGUGACCCCCAUUGAAGAGGAAAGCUCAGAACGCUUCAGUUUGCAGAAGCCAGGACUAUCAGAGGAGGAUGAAUCUGUUGCCACGGUCACCACUGUUGCCAAGGAGGAAACAAGUCUGUCAGUGUUCAGUUGUGUCAGGCAAGUUCACAGACAACAGGAGGCAGAAGACGUAGACUGCCAUGUUCCAGGAGGCAACCACAUGCCCAUUCGGGGAGAACUGUUCACCUCACCACAAAGAAGCUCCCAGACUCCACCAUUUGGAUGUAGCCUACCUACUCGGCAGUCAGAGACUUUACAACUGGAAGUGUUGGAAGUUUCACAGGAGGGUGCACAGAACACGCAAGCUGAGCAAUCUGAAGAGAGGACUGUAAGAGUCCCAAAUCAGAAGGACACAUCUGUGCACACCUUGGACAACACUGCUGCUGCCAGUACAUCUGACAAGGGUGAACCAGAGACUCCAUCUUAUCGAAGAAAAACUGGCCCCUCCCACUGCAGACAUGUGCGAACCAUCCAGGAAGUACGGACCACCAUCACACGGAUCAUUACAGAUGUUUAUUAUGAGGAUGGCAAAGAGGUUCAUCGCAAAGUCACUGAGGAGAGCGAGGACCCAGUGGUGGACUGUCAGGUGUUGGACAGCGACAGUUCCCCGUGCCGUACAAUCAGCAGCUCCCUAACCUCUGGUGACCUUGGUGACAUCAGCUCCCUAUCUUCCAAGGCCUCUAGCCUACAACAAAGUUCUGGGGGAACAAGCACCACCACUGCUGGUCUCUCUAGGCCAGAAUUCAUCAUACCGCCCAGCCGAACCGCCAGCUCAGUCAGUCCCAAAAAGGGAGGUGGGCAGAAACAGAGGGGUCAUUGGGGUCAAAAGGCAGGUAGAGUGGUCACAAAGAACAGAAUUAACAGUACCCUUGAGUCCAGGGCUUUAGCUUCACACACCCCGAGAGGACAGGCUAAACGUGGCCGACCCUCGACCAGGGGAGUUGGUGCUAGCUCACUGCCGCGGCUUCUCACUCAAGGUCAGGCUCUGUCCUCCUCAGAGGAUGAACCUUACACCCACAGAGUGCUCCCACGCGUCGCUGUCAGCCCCACAGACGCUGAGAUUCCCUGCCACUCCAGCUCCCACCAUUUGUCCCCAGAGGAGACAAGCUCAGCUGGAACUAGCUUCGUCGGACUGAGAAUAGUGGCAAAGUGGUCUUCCAAUGGCUACUUCUACUCUGGCCGCAUUGUCAAAGAUCCUGGGGAGGGCAGAUUCCGCCUCCGAUUUGAUGAUGGCUAUGAGUGUGAAGUAGCAGCAAAAGAUAUACUCCUGUGUGAUCCCAUUCCACUGGAGACUGAGGUCACCGCUUUGCUGGAAGAUGAGUUCUUCAGUGUAGGUAUCGUGAAGGGUUAUAAAACAGAAGGCCAGGAUCUCUUCUAUAGUGUAGAACGUGAGGGCCAAAAGCAGUGGUACAACAGGAUGUCAGUCAUUCUCUCCCUGGAACAGGGAAACAGACUGAGAGAGCGCCAUAGCCUUGGCCCCUAUGAGCCCUCCACUCCCCUCUCCAAGGCCUCCGACAUUAGCCUAGAUAAUUUGGUGGAGGGCAAAAGGCGUCGCAGAGGACCCCCUGGGGGCUCGAACACUCCUGUCCACAGUUCCUCCAGCAGCCCACGUAACCCAGGCCCAUCCACCAAGAGAAGGCUGAGGACGCUUGAUAACGAGAACUCGCCAACCAAAAGAAGCCGCAGGGGUCCUCUUGCCAGAGCCGAUCAGCGGGUCGGUGUGUGCAACACAUCUGGCAGUGGCACAGAUGUUGCCGCCCAGCCGUGUGAUCCAGCUGAGACUCAUGGCCCGAUACCCGAGAACUCCUCUCUCUUCAUGGGCUUUGCGUUCAUGCUGACAGCCUCGUCUGAGAGGGACCGGCUGAACAAUAAACUCACGAGUGUGGAUGAUGAGGACGAUGAUUAUGUGCAGACUGGCCCUUUUAACAAAGCAUACACUCAGUCUCAGCUCCAGGCCGGUGGAGGCUUUGUUUUGCUGGACUUCAAUGAAGAACAGUGCAAAGCAGCCUACCAGAGUCUCCUUAUCGUAGACCAGCACUGCCGUACCAGGAAGUACUUAUUGUGUUUGGCCAGUGGUGUGCCAUGUGUCUCCCAUCUGUGGGUGCGAGACUGCUGCAACGACAACAAACUGCUCAACUAUAGGAACUAUCUUCUGCCUGCUGGGUUGGGACCAGAUGACGUUAUUGUUGAAUGGCAUCCCCGCUGUUGUCCCUUCAAGGACCUGCAUUUUUUGCUGGUAUUUGAGAAGCCAGUGGAGCUUUGGGCGCAGCUUGUCACCAUGGGUGGUGCUUCCUCUGUUCGACAUUAUUAUGCUGAAAAGGACAGUUCUGAUGUUCCUGCAGGCAAGUAUGAUGUUGUGGUUUCAGACCAUUCCUGCCCACCACUUCUAGAAAAAAAUGUGAUGACACUUGAAGUCCCUCUGGUAUCUCCUGAGUGGCUCAUCCAGAGUGUUAUCUGUGGGGAGCGCCUUGGUUUCCAGAAAAAGCCUCAAUAUCACCACAACUACUACUCGAUGAUGAUGUCGUCAUAGUCAUAAACCUGCAACCUGUCUUCAUCCCUUGUCACUCUUGGUUGGUUGUGUUGCAUGCCUUGACUGUACAUGUUUUUAUGAAAGAAUAAAUGGUGAUCCUUGUUUCACUUU